AUGUCAAAUCUAAAACAGUACAAAUACACAAUAUCCUCAAACAACGGGAUUUUAUCAUCGGAACAAAGGAAUUUUUUUGAAGAUAAUGGAUAUAUUGUCAUCAGAUGCUUGAUAGAUGAAACGCUAUUGGAUCAAUUCAAAAAGCGAUUCAUCGAUAUAUGUGAAAAUAAGGUAAAUCGAGGAGGAAUAACCGUGAUGAAAGAUAUAUCAUUGGUUAAAAGAAAUCAAGAAGAAAUUCCUAAUGAGCGCAUCGUUAAUAAAAUUCAAGACAUAGUAUGGGAUGAUGUAUUCGAACAGUACUUUCUACAUCCAGAAUUACUCGAUCAUGUACAAUGUUUCACGGGAAACAAUAUAAUGGCAAUGCAUUCAAUGUUAAUAAACAAACCUCCAGAUACAGGCUCGAUGACUUCAAGACAUCCAAUGCAUCAGGAAACUAGAAAAGCAAUUUCUUGUCAUUUUGCAUCCUGUGAAUGCCGAUAUAUAGAUGUAACUGGUACGACGCAACAAAAUAUCGCUAUUGAAGUCAAAGAAAUAGCACGUCGGAGAGGUUUCAAUGACAUGGACUUCAAAGACUUUUGGAAGUUUCGAAGUCGACUAGUACGYGGAUUGAAAAUGCAUUUAUAG